AUGUUCGGGCCAACCUAUGUCUUCGAUGACCCGAUGACACUGGGACCUGAGCCCAGUUCCAAGAUCAUCAGUCACGCCCAUGGCAUAACCAGUUCGGCUUCGAAAGAGGAAGAUGCUUCCCAAAUUGUCAUCAUGAACUUGGCAUUCAACGAUGGCAAGUUCAAUGGUAGCGCCCUUAGCGUUCUAGGUGAUUAUCCCUUCUUCCAGAAGUACAAGGAGAUGGCAAUAGUAGGUGGUUCUGGGGCUUUUCGAUUGGCCCGUGGAAUAGUUACAGCAAUAAUCUAUACUUACAAUGAUACCACCCAGAAUGAAAUUAUCGACUUCCACGUCCUCGUUUUGCAUUAUUGA